AUGACGGAUUCACCCGUUUCCCGCCAAGUAAAUAGCCCAAAGCAACCUAACGACAGUAACGGCGAAUUCAAACGUCUCUUACUCCCAGAAACCUCUCAGCCAGACUCCGACGAGCUCCGCGAAUCGCCGGCGGAGCAACCGGAGAAUCAGGUACUGACCAUAGAAGACGACGGAGAAAACACAUUAGACUCGGUUCCUCCGUUCUCGUGGGCGAAGCUAUGGAAAUUCACCGGGCCUGGGUUUCUCAUGAGCAUAGCGUUUCUAGAUCCGGGAAACAUCGAAGGGGAUCUUCAAGCCGGAGCUGUGGCUGGGUACUCGCUUCUAUGGCUUCUUCUAUGGGCGACGCUGAUGGGACUUCUGAUGCAGCUUCUCUCGGCUCGGAUCGGCGUCGCGACGGGUCGGCAUCUGGCGGAGAUCUGCCGGAACGAGUAUCCGUCGUGGGCGCGAAUCCUGCUCUGGUUCAUGGCGGAGGUCGCUUUGAUCGGAGCUGAUAUCCAGGAAGUCAUCGGAAGCGCAAUCGCUCUUCAGAUCUUGACCCGAGGGUUCUUACCUAUCUGGGUCGGUGUCAUCAUCACGUCGUUCGAUUGCUUCUUGAUUUCGUAUCUAGAGAAGUGUGGAAUGAGGAAACUAGAAGGGCUUUUCGCGGUUUUGAUUGCAACAAUGGCUCUUUCGUUUGCUUGGAUGUUCAAUGAAACUAAGCCUAGCGGAGAAGAACUAUUCAUAGGCAUUCUUAUCCCGAAACUUGGAUCAAAGACAAUCAGACAAGCUGUGGGAGUGGUGGGAUGCGUAAUAACGCCUCACAAUGUGUUCUUGCACUCGGCUUUAGUGCAGUCUCGGAAGACAAACCCAAAGGAGAUCAACAGAGUUCAGGAAGCUCUCAACUACUACAACAUCGAGUCAUCGGCCGCGCUUCUUGUCUCCUUCAUGAUCAAUCUCUUCGUAACAGCUGUUUUCGCCAAAGGGUUCUAUGGAACCGAGCAAGCUGAGAGUAUAGGGCUGGUCAACGCGGGACACUACCUGCAGGAGAAAUAUGGCGGCGGGGUUUUCCCGAUACUUUACAUUUGGGGAAUCGGUUUGUUAGCAGCAGGACAGAGCAGUACGAUAACGGGGACUUACGCUGGGCAGUUUAUAAUGGAAGGGUUCUUAGAUCUUCAGAUGGAGCAAUGGCUGUCAGCUUUUAUAACAAGAAGCUUUGCUAUUGUGCCUACUAUGUUCGUGGCUCUUAUGUUCAACACAUCAGAGGGAUCGCUCGAUGUUUUAAACGAGUGGCUUAACAUUCUUCAGUCGAUGCAGAUUCCUUUCGCUGUUAUUCCUCUUUUGACUAUGGUUUCUAAAGAACAUAUCAUGGGUGUCUUCAAGAUCGGACCUUCUCUCGAGAAGCUAGCGUGGACUGUGGCGGUGUUUGUGAUGAUGAUAAAUGGGUAUCUUCUUCUUGAUUUCUUCAUGGCUGAAGUGAAAGGGUUUCUUGUUGGGUUUCUGGUUUUUGCUGGGAUUGUCGCGUACGUCAGUUUCAUCGUCUAUCUUGUUUCCUAUAGAAGCUCACAGUCUUCUUCUUGGUCGAGCUUAGAAAUGUCACAGAGAGUUGUUUCCACUGAGACGUAG